AAUCAGCUUUUGGUGAUUUUCCAGUAAGACAAUUCUGUUCUGGGAUCAAUAUACGUUGCCCUUUGUCUGCUGUGGGCUAGGUUGAAAAUGGAACAAUUUAGUUCAGUGCACUGCACCAGUGCACAUUGCAGAUGUAAACAACCUGGGAUAUCCAAAGCCUCCUUUCUAGAGUACUCAUCUACCAGAAAGAUAUCGCCCAGUUUCGUCCUCGGCAAGUUGUCCUCAAGACUCCCACCAGUUGCUGGCGCCUGUAGCAGAUGUGCUCGAAUCGAUGCAGUUGAAAUUCGUUUCCAGCUGUGAAUCUGAUGCAUGGUUACUUCAUGUGAUGUUGUAAAGCAGCACGAGGUUCACCCGCCACACCCAAUUGAGCCACAAUGCUCAGGAGCUGCGCUGACGCAACUUCAUUUUAUCGCUAACCAACAACAGAGGCGACGCAUCGGGAAAUAAACUCAUUAUAAAAGUUCGCUUGCACACUGCAGGCUUACGCGAAGAAAAUGCCAUGAUUGAUACAUUGCUGUAGGAAACACAUCCCUGUCACUUGCUCAAAAACUCAUGAUAGCGGACUAUGGGGUAAAAUGGAUAGUUCUCAGCGCUGUGAUCAUGGACAGGAAAGCAUCUCUGCAAUUCUUCGUAGUUUCGUGAUCGCUCCGAUCCUACUAUUGUCAAUGCCCACCAGCUGGUGACUCACGAGAAACUGGGAAGAAAUCCCCUCAAUUGCAUCACAGCUGCAGGAAAACAGCCCAGUUAAGAGCAAUAUGCCCUGAAUAGACGUUUUCUUUAAAUAGUCAUGAGAGAUAUGUAGCAUGCUACAUAUUGCUCGUGCACGGUUGUAUUAGAAGAUAUUUAAAAGGUAUAUUACCAGGAGAUUUGUCGUUAUCUGGAGGGGACGACGUUACAUGGUGCAUCGGUCUCCAAUCUGCUUCCAGCUCAACAAAACUCAGUGGCACUGUUACGAAUAGGUUAAAAUUCACAAGAAAAAUAUUACAUCUGUUCAUUGUCGACUUUCUACGGACUCCUGCCUAGAGGCCUACCACUAGUUUUCCCAUUGCCUUAACUGAGCUCAAGAGUAUCGAAAAGAAAGUCAAUUGCAACUUUGCGUCGUUGCCACACUGAAGUGUUGGCAUCUACCUUACGUCAACGAUGGGUUUUCACAUCAUAUUUAAUGCCGUUGAUGUACGGAGAAUUGGGAGGAGAGUUGUUUAAAAACAAUUAGAGAGAUGACAUACUUUGUGAAGAGCGUUCGAAUUCAGCAUGGAGUUGGAAGCUUUUCUGAAGUACUCUGUAAUGGUAACAUUAUAGAACCGUACUGGAUGGUUUUCAUUUUGCUAAUCGGGAGAUGGAAAAUUAAAUCAGUCAUGUUUGAGGAAAUCUAGCAUUUUGACUAGUAACAAUUGGCACAAGAGUUAUGGAACCAAACAUUCUACGAGAAUUGAUAGAACACUCAUAUUCAGGGUUACUGUAUUCACUUUUUUGCUUUUUAUAUUCCUCCCCCAAAUGCGGUAGAAACACAGUCUCCCACACAUACAAUAUGCAAACACAGUCUCCCAUACAUACAAUAUGCAAACACAGUCUCCCACACAUGUUUCCAUCUUCUGUCAACUAAAAGAUAACCUAUGAGUCAGAAUCUCGAUAACUUGUCAGUGGGAACCCACCUUUUCAGCAAGCGUGCGCUACUGUACGGACAUAUUCGUAUAAAUUCAUGCGUGUUACCAAUGAUCUGCUGCAGGUUGAGAACAAGGGUCACCCGGAAUUGUGCCACCGUCGACAUUCCUACAGUGAAUGGCCGGUUUCCUGGCCCAACCAUUGAGGUUAAUGAAGGUGACAAGCUGAUAGUUAAAGUGACCAACAAGCAGCAAUACCCAGUCACCCUUCAUUGGCAUGGAAUCAAGCAAUUUAAAACAAACUAUGCGGAUGGGCCAGCACACAUAACGCAGUGUCCCAUACAACCAAACAAGUCUUACAUAUACGAAUUUACGGUGAACGAUCAACGGGGAACCUUCUUCUGGCACGCUCAUGUCAACUGGAUGAGAGCCACCGUUCAUGGUGCCUUGAUCAUCCACCCCAAGAAGACAGCACCCUAUGGUGAGGUCGAGGGCGAAAUUCCGAUCAUCAUGGGUAAGUUCACAAUUUCCCCUCCUGCUGUGGACUUCUGUGUUAAGAAUUCGGUAACAUGUUUCUGGAGUGACGAAUUGAGAUAUCUGUCCUCUUUAAACAAAAAUCUCCGCUCUCGCACAACGUUACCCUGCAUCUUCUUAAUUGCGGAUGACCUGAUCACUUUGCAGGAGAAUUUUUUGGUUUACAUCCAAAUCACCAUCAACGGCUUUCCGGGAUCCUUUUUCAACUGCUCCUCGGGUAAACAAUUUCUGCUAUUGAAAAAGGAUAAGACCUACCUACUGCGUAUCAUCGACGCUGCGAUCAACAGCGACCAUUACUUCGCCGUUGCCAACCAUAGCGUUACAGUAGUUGCCGCGGACGGAAACUAUCUGAAGCCCUUCGAAACCGCCUACGUGCCUAUGUCCCCCGGCCAGACAACUGAAGUCCUCAUCAAAUUCGACAAGCCUAGGGGAAGAUAUUACUUUGGCAUGAACGCGGGGCCAGUCCCGACAGUGGGAGCCCCUCCGCCGUUUGUUCCAGCAGUAGCAAUCAUGAGGGUGCAGACUCCAGUUCCUCCGCCGUUUGUUCCAAUGAUAGACACUUGUUAAGCUUAGUAUUCAAUCUUUGUGUGUGACCCUCCCUUGCUUAGUAUUCAAGCUUAGUAUUCAAAUUUUAUUGAAAGCAAUACUCAUCAAACCUGAACAAAAUAAGAAAACUAGAACCAAAACAUCAA